CAGUUGAUUUGGCAACCGCCAGUAAAACUUAAAAGAAGAAGAGUCUAGUGGGUAGCAAAGCGGAAGAGCGUCAUCAAUUAUUGUAAUAAGCUCUCCACAUUGACAGUCAAGAUCAAAGUUGUGUCAAAGCACAUGAGAGAUAGAUAAUACAUGCAUUUUGUGUACAUGGAAUUUGGAAAAGCAUGGCUUGACUCUGUAAAAGAUCUUGGAUCGAAGGUGAUCAAGACGAAGGUAAUGGAUCAGUCGACAACUGCAAAGAAGGAGCGUGUUAACAAUCUCAGCUCAAGUGGAACCACAAUUACCAAGAAUAUUGGAUAUGGUGUGGUGGAGUCUUCACAUUCAGGCCCAGUGGAAACAGCUGAUGGGUUGAGUUUCACCUCGACUGCUCUGGGUCGUCUGAGCUGCUCGCGCCUUUCUACUGGAAGUGAAGUCUUUGUUGCUCCACCUUGUUCUCAAUGAGUUCCUGUUCCUUUAAGGGAUCGCUCCAGCAUUCACCGUAGUCACGCUGCGCAGGAUCCAUAUUCAGAGAAAGUCCAGCGGUGGAGUGGGGAAAUACCAGAGCAGCUUUCCUCUCCUCUGGUGCUGAGCAACUGGAAGGUACGAUAGCUUCAGCAAUAUCCAAACCUGAGAGAUUAUAAGGAACCCAACCGGACCCGUUAAAUAAGACCUUCAAACUACCAGCAUCUCACCAUGAGCACAGGCAAGCAUCCUGAAGUUACAUCCCCAGAGGAGGACGAGAUGGAAGCAUGCAGUGAGGCUGCAGAGGUGAACGCGCAGGAGGAAGAAGAGCAGACGGAAGACGCCUCUGUCAUCGUGAAUGGAAUGCACUCGGAUCCUGUCAUGGAAGCACGUGUGAUAAAAACCGAAGCUGAGGAGACGGACGAUACUGAGCAUGCAGUGAUUGUGCCCAAAGAGGAAGCGGAGGGAGACAGCGAGGACGGGAUGGAGGAAGGUGUUGACGAGGACAGGACAGAGGAGGACAACGACGAGCCGAGAGACGAGGACGGCACAAACGAGCCGCAAGACCUGUCACUGGUGGACUACUCGCGCUACGAAGCGGCGUCCCUGCCAGACGGCCAAACGACAGGUGCGUUGGAUGAGGCUGCAGACGGGGGCUACACGCCCGGAUCCACAGCGCCCCGCAUUCCGACACAGGGGAAACUCAGCUGCGACAUCUGCGGUCUCUCCUGCAUCAGCAUUAAUGUGCUGCUAGUGCACAAGCGCAGCCACACUGGUGAGAGGCCAUUCCACUGCACUCAGUGUGGGGCCUCCUUCACCCAGAAGGGAAACCUGCUUCGCCACAUCAAACUGCACUCCGGAGAGAAGCCUUUCAAAUGCCCUAUGUGCAGCUACGCCUGCCGACGACGCGACGCUCUCAGCGGGCACCUGCGCACCCAUUCUGUAGAGAAGCCCUUCAAGUGCAACCACUGCAGUCGCAGCUACAAGCAGCGGAGCUCCCUCGACGAGCACAGAGAGAGGUGCCAUGUGUACAUUCAGAGCAAAGGUCCCGCCGAGAGAGGAGAGGACGGCCACACAGCCAGGUCUCAGAUGGGCUCAGAACGCGCGCUGCUUCUCGACAGGCUCGCCAGCAACGUUGCCAAGCGGAAAAGUUCAAUGCCACAGAAGUUCACUGGCGACAAUGGGGUCUGCCUGGACCUGAGCUUUAACAGGGAGCUGCUCCACCGAGCUGACAUAAAGGAACCUCCACCAGGCUCACCUGGGCCAGAGGGCCAGCUGCAAACAGUCCUUGCAGGCCCAGAUGGCGACCCACCUCCUACUCACAGACCGUACCCCAUCCCGUUAAACCGCACCGACAUCAACCCAAUCAGCCUCACCAACGGCCACAAGAUGCCUCUUCUGGGCCUCCCCCACGGAGCACAGCCGCCCCUCGGCAUGGACUCCUUCCACAACGACAGCUCCCAGAUGACCCAGCCCGUCAUGUACAGCUUGGGUCACCUGCUGGGGGGGAUCAAUCACCAGAACGGCGUCCCACACCCACACAGCCAGCCCAUUCCACUGACGCCCCUCGAGGCCUUGCGGGUCAUGCGGGUGGACGGAGAGUCCGGGGCGCCACCCGGAGCGGUGUACCCCUGCGGCCACUGCAGGGUGCUCUUCCUGGACUAUGUCAUGUUCACCAUCCACAUGGGAUGCCACGGCUUCCGCGAUCCGCUCGAAUGCAACGUUUGUGGCCACCGCAGCCGGGACCGUUACGAGUUCUCCUCCCACAUAGCCCGCGGCGAGCACCGCCUAGAACUCAAGUAGACUGCAUUCAUGCACACAAACAGUCACCACCAUGGAGACAGACAGCGAUUUAGUCAUAUAAGUAGCUGGUAGUAUUAGAAAUGAAAGCAUAAAGUAGCGUCUCUGUCUGUCCUUGGCGUUUGUUAGUGUGUGUGAGUAUAGAUGUCGUGGGAGUGUGACGGCUGUUCUUACUCACAGGCCAUCUGAAAAGAUGGCCUGUAAAGAGUUACGGCGGGAGUAUUUCUACUCCUUAGCAUGCAUAUAUCUGUAUGUAACGGGGUUGUCUGUUUGCAUAAAGCCACGUGUUUCCACUCACACAAAGCAGCACAAAAUACUGUAUUUAUGCUGUACCUACUGUUUUUAUUUUGUCUGUAUAAAGAUGUAAAAAAAAUAAAAGAGCAGUUCUGUCAUCAGAGCUGCAGAGUGUUUAGAGAUGUUCGAGUUUGCCAAUUCUGACUGCAAAAAAAAAAUAUAUAAAACAAGCAAAAAAAAAAACCCAUCCUAUUAUCUCGAAGGUCACAUGUCUCUUUUUUUAAGGCUGUGGUUUUCAGAGAUCUGCAGUUCACGGCUUCAAAGGACACCACUCUGCACCAUGUGCUGGUUUCUCACUCCAGAAUAAUAUACUCAUUUAGCGUUCCCACGAGGUAGAAAAGCCUCAGUUUUACUGCUCGAAGCGCAGAAUAGAAUCAUUUUGUUGCAGCAAGAUAAGGGAAACUAUUCUAGUGCCUUCAAUGUAAAUGAGUUCCUGGAUCAUCCCACUGAUGCCUGACAGGUGUCGGAUCUUACACUCGACUAUUUCUAAGAUGAGAAACUGGUUCCAUUUCACAUCAGAGGUCUCUUCAGGUCAUCAUGAUCUCAGGAAAACGUGCUGAGGAGUCUCGGUCUAAAUGAAUAAUGGCUAACAGUUAUUCAGUUAGAAAAGGACGAGAGAAAAGGUACACAAAUUAAUUUCAGUCAGCAGUUUCUCUUUCCUUCUCAUUCUUGCCUCACUCACAGAAUGGAUAGUAACAGUAAUAACCACAGCAUGAUGCCACCAUCAUGCCAGUAAAGCUCCAGAUAUGGGAUAUUUAUCUGUGUGCAGGACAAAAAAAAAAAACUGUUUUUAAAAAUGAGGGUUUUGUGGGAAUUUUCAACAUGACACACUUUUAAAAACUUCCGCUGACAACCAAAAUGUGCAGUGGGGAAGUUUUGGUGAACACAGACACACAAAAAAAAUUGACAAGCCACAGAACUACUUCAUCAUGGCCGUGCGUCGGACUGCGCGUGCGUGUGGAUGCACUUCGCCCACAUGGCAGUGCAGGAACUCGUUCACGCCUUGCUGGCUUUAAGACCAGAAGAGGGUGUUCGCUUCUUCCAGCUGCUGCCUCACUAUCUGUCCUCUCUAUCAGAGCCAGUUCCCCUUUCUCUGUUUGGGUUUGAAGAGAAGUGACACUUGUGAGGCCAAACUGUCUUCACAGCUUCAAUUCGACAUGUCGAGUUAAAAAGCAAAGUCAUUCAUUACAACAGCACAGCUUUGCUGCUUCUCUUUUCCCAAGUACAAGACGAUGAAUUCAAGGCAUUCGUCUUCUGGGUAAUGGCAUGUGAUGCUGAGUAAAUAAAUGCUUACUAAAGCCAGUGUAAUGCCAGUUCUUGGAAGUGUGAGUGGCAUUUUCAAGGAUGUAAUGUAUCACUGAGUAUUGAAGGGAUCUGCGUAUGCCAAAAAGUCCCAUUCCAAACAGAAAAUCCAGGGUUAAGAAGUUGGAGUCCAUACCUCAUCAGAAGAUGUCGGGUUUUUAGUGACAUCUACUGACUGACACCUGGGACUCACACAAGAUACUCAGAAGAGAUGUUUCCAAAGCAAAGAUGGAACAAAUUAUCUGUGAUAUAGAGCUGGCUGGCUAAAGCAAAUAUUAAACAAAUUAUAUGUCAUAUAGAGCUUGCUGGUUGAAAUGGGUGGGCAUGCAAGUAGUUAAGACCCAUUACCCUUUGCUACCGAAACCAGAAGGAACGAAUAGUUCGAGAAACCUCAUGUGCAAAUUAAAGCAUACGGACAAUGAAGUGGAAAAAGUGCCUAUGAUUAUUUAUACUGUGUUCCAUCAGACCCAAACUGACCAUGUUCUAGUUUCAAGUUGGAAAACCCUUGGUCAGUUUUUACGCUCAGUAAUCAGACAAACCACUUAUAGCACUACAAGCAAUUAGCAGAGUACAUGCCUUCAUAUUAUGCAUUAAAAAAAAUAAAGGAAAAUGUUAAUCAUUUUAAAUGCAUUUUUUGCAUGUGAAAGAUUUUGUGAGAUUCAAACUUUACUAUGCAACUUUACUAUGAUUGAAGUACACAGAAUUUUGAGAUGAACAUCGACGAGAAUGUUUUUUUUUUCCUUCUUUAUUUCUGGUUUUUAUUCCAAGAAUCCAAUUCAAAUAAAUGAGGCUUUCUACACUUUUUUGUGAAAACCAAUAAAAAUGUCUCAGCUCUUGCUGCUGUAGAGCCAAAGUUGAAUACAAGUUUUUUGUGUAAAGAGUUGUAUUCAAACAACUCAUUAUUUUCUUCUGGAGUGCAAUACCUUUCCAAAUAAUUAAAAGGAAAUUAUUAUAAAGUGAAGAAGAAUGCAGUUUUACUAGGGAUGUUUGUGUCUAUUGUUUCCCCAUGGAAGCCCUUAAGGACCAAAAGAAAAAAAUGGUAUUCACUGGUUACAUAUUUCAGUUAUAGAAGAUGUGACAAAGAUAAAUAUAUGUCAAUAAAAAU